AUGACGAUGGUCAUUGACAACCAGGGUCGACAGUACGGUGGCAUGGGUUACGACCAAAUGUAUUCAAGCAACAUGCAUACUCAACCUCAGUUCAACGACCCGUGGCCUCCCCACACAGUCACAUCAUCGUCGUCUUUUCCUUCGCUCUCCAAGACAGACAACUCCCGACCAGGCAUGACCAUUCCUUACACUCAUCUUCCUCCAGUCUCUGGAUCAAUGUCUCAAGGUAGCGCAUACUCUACCAGUGGAUUGCAAGGCCCCGACUUACUGAGUUAUCAAGACGUUCCUCGCUCUACCUAUGGCGAGCAAACCUACCCUGCAACCUCAUCAUCAUAUGCACCAUCAUAUUCAUCUCUCAACUAUGCUCAGUCACUUCACCAGCAACAACAGCAGCAGCAACAACAGAGAAAGCUGUCGUCUGACACUUCAGAGAACGCGAGAGCAGCCAACGCGAGCUAUGCUGACCUCGACGCGUCUCGCAACAUGCUGGCCCUGAGCCAUUCCAGCCUUGGUCAUCAGGGCAUCCAGGAUUUGACGCCUCGCAACAUCUACGAAGCUCGCGCCCAACGCGGCUCAACUGAUGCGUAUGGCUUUCCUCACACCAGCUCCAAUCACUCAUCCAUCUCGAACGAGUCUGGGCGAGGGUAUCCCUACUACGCACCUAGUUCUGUCGGUUCGGUGACGGAUAGCGCAACCGACUACAGCUCGGCCGCUUCAGAUGCUGGCUACGAGUCCAUGGCCAACUCUCGGACGUUACCCCGCCCUUCUCAAAUGAUGGGAGUGCCUUUGGGCCCCCCAGCUCCUUCUACGAUGAUGGGCCAAUUUUCAUCUAAAAUGGCUCCCAAUACGCAGAAAAAGCACAGAUGUCGAGUUUGCGAGAAGCGGUUUACACGACCAAGCUCUCUUCAAACUCACAUGUACAGCCACACGGGUGAGAAGCCAUUUGCCUGCGAUGUCGACGGCUGUGGUCGCCACUUUUCUGUGGUCAGCAACCUUCGCCGGCACAAAAAGGUUCACAAAGGCGACUCCGCUUCCAACGCCAGCCACUCCGACGUUGAGGAGUAG